AUGAGCGUGAAGCCCAUCGUGGAGUCCACAUUGGACACUCCUGAGCGCGACAUUUGCCAGAAACUGGGCGGAGACUAUUCAAUCUUCCGCGAAAAAAUGGAUUUUGAAUCAAGUAUUGGAGAGGUAGAUGCGCUGGUACGAGAUCAAGCAAAGUUGUCCAGAUUCCGGGUUAACUUCAACUCGUCAGAUUCGGCCAGAAACAAACAAGCUUUCGUUGAAUUAAGCCAAAUUGAAUUAAGCCAAACCUAG